UCGACGAGGCUUUAGUGGUCGAGCCUGUAGUAGAAGACACUUUGGUGGUUGAGCCUAUGGUCGACGAUGCUUUGGUGGUUGAGCCCGUAGUAGAGGACGAUUUACUCGUUCCCGCUGUGGUGGUGGAUGACUUGCUCGUUCCUGCGGUGGUCGAGCCCGUAGUAGAGGACGAUUUACUCGUUCCCGCUGUGGUGGUGGAUGACUUGCUCGUUCCUGCGGUGGUCGAGCCCGUAGUAGAGGACGAUUUACUCGUUCCCGCUGUGGUGGUGGAUGACUUGCUCGUUCCUGCGGUGGUCGAGCCCGUAGUAGAGGACGCUUUGGUGGAUGAGCCUGUAGUAGAGGACGAUUUACUCGUUCCUGCUGUGGUGGAGGUUGAUUUGCUCGUUCCUGCAGUGGUCGAGGACUUGGUUGUCACACCGGUGGUAGACUGUGUAGUGGCUCCAGUAGUGGAGGAUGACUUAGUCGUUCCUGCGGUGGUCGAGGACUUGGUCGUCGCACCGGUAGUAGACUGUGUAGUAGCUCCGGUGGUGGAGGACGACUUGCUCGUUCCUGCUGUGGUCGAGGAUUUGGUUGUCGCACCUGUCGUAGACUGUGUGGUAGCUCCGGUGGUGGAGGACGACUUGCUCGUUCCUGCUGUGGUCGAGGAUUUGGUUGUCGCACCUGUCGUAGAUGCGUGGUAG